CAAAAGAAGGCAGCUAAGAAUCAAAAUGUUUUAUCGUCUGACAAAGUAUCGCAAGCACGAGCCGUAUUUGAGAAAAAAGAUGAACAAAUUGCUGUAGGACCAGAACCGAUUCGAAAAGGACAGAAUGCAAAAAUACAAGAUGUCCUUGCUACUUGGACACAAAAAAGACAAUGCGAUAAUAUGUUGUCUUCAGAGCAUGAAGUUGAAAUCAAGCGCUUCAAUGCUAGUGGUAUGGAAGACAGGAAACAAAACAGGGUCAAGGAAUCUCCUAGAGCAACAAGAGAUCAAGAGAACGUGACAGAUGAGGACUGUAAGGGCUGUACAAAAAGGAGAGCUCCUCAAUGUGAUCACUCAGUGCUUGAAGAUAAAACCUCCUCUUUCCAGAAUAAAAGCUACGCAGAAGAAACUGUUAGAAUACAACGAGCUCAAUUUGGGACAGAACAAUCACGAUUGGGCAAUGCGGAAGAUCCCGAAUUCAAGUUCCAACCAAAUUCUGCUAUCAAAUCAACGAGGGUCGAUUUUGACGAGGUCGUCACAAACAACGACUUUUGCGAUAGUAAUCAUUCUGGAAACGAUGCCGAAGACUUGUGUCAGGCGCGUGCACCUGAUUGUACUCCAUUGAUUUUACCUCACAGUCUUGAGUUGUCGUCGACCGACGAAUCUGAAGGUGCACACCACCCACCCAUAUUUACCGAAAAUUUCAAAUUAGCAUCUGAUACGCCUAAUCGGUUGAGUGACGGGCCAGAUGAAGAUGUGAGAGAUAACUCGAGAAAGCUGCAUUUUCAUGCACAGUAUACUAAGAAGGAAACACCUAAGGAACAGAUAAUCUCUUCCUUAGUUCACUACAGCGAUAUUCCUAGAGAUCAAAACUGCGAAAGUGUUUCUUUCCUAACUUUUGAAGACACCCGAAGUGACAAAAGUUUCAAAAGAUCAUCUUUCGGUGACUUCUUAAAACCAGACACCAUUGAAGUCGUCGAAGAUUUGGUUAUGGGGGCCCAUAACCAACUUCAUACUAGUCUCGCCUAUAUCAACAGUGAAUCUGAUGACAGCGAUGAAGUCCCUAUCCCCCCUCCUACAAAACCCAGGAAAGUUGAGCCAUGUCAGGAUGAGACGACGUCUACCACGAAGAAAGACCAAAAAGUUACCCUUUGUACUGAUGACGUCAUUGAUCUUUCUGAGCUAUCGGAUCAAAAUGCGUGGGCUGCUUUUGAUUCUAACAUUACUUUUCACGAAGAAACACGAAUACACUCGCAUUUCAAAGACAACACGUUCGACCACAAUCGAACGAAAAGUAAGAAAGUUGAGAAUUCCUCGCCCAAAAGGGUCGAAUUCAGAGAGAUUUCGAACACUUCUAUGAAGACAAAAUUUAAGUCUUGGGCCAAUUUUGAGUCGAACGAAAUAGUUCGUACCCAGUAUCGAGAGAGCGUGAUUCAAAACGAAAAUAAAAAAGAGAUAAAAAACCUUGAAGUCGGAGAUACCAUGACUCCAAAAAGAGUGCAACCAACCCGAAAGUCGAACGUAGAUCGAGAAUGCGAUUCUCCAGAGGAUAAUGGUCCAAUGGAAAAGAAGGAAAGAAGAAAGACACCGAGACAAAAAAGGAAUGUACAAAAUCAUGCUUGCUCUACUCUUGAGAAUGAUACCAACAAAGAUCUUCCGAAUGCUUUCCUUUCAGACUUUGCAGCUGUGGCAAUCCCAAAUCAAGAGAUAGUUCUAGAAAGGCCAUUCGGUGGAGACUCCUCAGAAUCCAGGAAAAAUAAAGAUUUGCCCUCAAACCCAUCGGCACUAGGUACCUCCAGCAACUACAAAAAGGAUUUUAAAAGCGGUCAAAAGAAGGGAAUACCUCAAAAUAAAAUUCGAAACGAAGAAUGCACGAAUAUUGACGUUAAGUCUCAGGAAAUAGUCAAAACUGGAGUAAGAGGCCAUGCACCCGAGCUAAUUCAAGAAAAAGAGCUGAUGGGUAGCCAAGCAAAUGCGUACUUCGAAAGUCUACUUCUGAAUAAAUCUUCUUCAUCUUGCGUUCAUGAAGAUAAGAUUUUCAAAAAUGUUUCUUCGCAGGAAGCUCAUCAGUCCUCUUCCGAUGACGAAGCGUACUUCGAGAAUCUUCUUCUGAAAAAGACUUCGUCACCCCUUUUUGAUGAUGACUCCUGUUAUAGGAAUUUCAGAUCUGAAAAUGCACCAAACGGUGAAAAGUUUUACCCUCGAGCUGAAACAAGCAACAAGCAAGAAUGCAAAGAACAUUCUUUUGAAGCAGCAGAAAUAUCUUUAUCCAUUGACCACCAACCGCUAUCGAAUAGACAAACUCGAAAAGAAAUGAGCUCUCUAGGCGAAAGCUACGGGCAUAUUUCCUGGGAACAAUUUGCUUCAAAUUUCAGUCACAACGCUGAUGUUGAAGAUAGUCCCCUCCGAGAAUCCAAUGCACACCAAAAAGUAAACAACAACUUAAGCAAUGUCAAGGACAAGAACAAAUUGGAAUUAAACCAGUCCCCAUUAACGUCAAAUAAAGACACAGACAAAAGGGAGGAGACAACGAACUCUUCUGAUUGGCACAAUGAAAAUUCUCAAGAUUUCCUUUUGAUGAAAGAGUUCUCGAGUGCGGGACAAGUGGGAGGCAUUGCUUUUGUUGAGACCAAUAACAGAUGUGUUCCUCAUGUGGGUGAAAGAGUAUUACCGGAGAAUCAAUUGGAACGCAAAAACAGAGUUUCAGGAAAGUUCCAUGACGAAGAUAUAGUAGCUCGUGAUGAACUUGAGACUAAGUUCAGUAAUCUGAACUUACAUUCUAUCUCAUCGAUCCGAAAUCCUGCCAACAUAGCAAGCGAAGAAAGAAAAGGUUCGAACAUUUAUAGACGAGAUGAAAGAGCCAGUGCUGAUGACAAGGGCCGAUUUCAUUAUGCACAAGGGCUAUCAUCAGAGAGUGACGUCAUUGAGUUGUCAAGCGAAAAGGACAACUGUAUUAAACUUGAGGACUCGAACUCAAUAAGAGAUCAUCGUCAGGGGAUCAGGGACUUUUUGGAGAAUAGAGGAAACUUACGUGGAGAGCACUUCGGACGAUCACAACAUCGAAGCGAAUUUACUCAAGUUGUUGAGGUUCAGCAGGAUAAUAAACCAACUGGAGGAAGCGAUCCUCUCGAUUCACAGAAUACCAUCCAACACCAAGAGAUCAGAAACUUUUCAAAACAACAAAAAAGAGAUUCAUUGCAACAUCAUUUAGAACAGUCGCAGCAUUUAAACAAGCAAUCUCAGGCAGAAAAUCUCGAUUGGGAAGAAGCUCUAUCAGAAAAACUUGAUCAAUAUGAGGCAAUUCAUGCUAAUCGUCACCAAGAGAGUAUAGACUUCCAACAUAUGGAAGACUUAUCUGAUCGUGAGUCAGCACAGCCACAAGAUUUGAAUGAGGUUCCACGGAGAGACAGUAUUGAAAGGAAAGAUAGCCCAUCUGAACUACAUGAUCACUUUGAAGCACUCAAUGCGUAUCUGGCGGAGUAUGAACGUGGUGGAAAGCAGCCCAAAGACUCGUCGGAGCGAAACAAUGGAAUGGGACAUUCAUGCCAAACCACCCACACAACAGAUCAGCAUAAUCAUUUUGAGGAUAUAUUGGGAGAUUAUAAUCGAGAUCAAGAAAGUAAAAAGAGCACUUCGGUCUUGUCUGAUACGCAUCUCGUCGAAACAGUUACCAUUGAAAACGGCGAGGCUGGAAAUAGGUACUCACACGACGUGUCUUGGCCUACCAAUACGGAGGAUUCGCGUCGAGUUCCAGAAAACCAAAUCGGUAGGGAUAUGGGCGACGAAGCUUUGAAUGACUUCGUGAUGCCAUCAGGGAAUGAUUAUGCCCAUUCAAACUUGUACAACAACGAUUCAGAAGAAGGCGUUGAUACCACCACGUACAAUCAUAGUAACGGGGUAUUGGAUUCUACCGGUCACUUGCAACAUCAAGACCAAAACCAAUACAUCCAUGAUCGACGCCAUGUCGUUAGAAUUCUUGACCGUUCCCUUUUGGACUUAGAUGAGGAUGGUGACGAAGACGAAUGUUUGGACGCGAUCGAGGUAGAAAGACAAAAUACGUACUGCUCAAAUGAUCGGGAUCCAGAUGCCGACACACCCUGUGCUAGUAAUCGAAUGGAUCCACCGGAUCCACUACCUGCUCACCGGUAUCCCGAAGGACGCAGAUUGUCUACUCCAAUACCUACACCAAAUGAUCUGGCAGAGGCACCAGAGGGAGCAACAAAGGAAGAGAUCGACCUGCUGAAUCGGUUCAUUGACGUCGCUUCGAGUGAUUUUGGAGGACAAAUACUUGCACCGGAGUCGGAGGCACGCGUGCGUUCGGCGGCUCUUAAGGUUGGUCUGACACCAAAGUUUGUAGAUCAGUUGCUAAACACAACCAUGAAACCAUCUGAAAACCACGAGAAGAAUCUGGCCUUUGUUGCUCCUCCUGAGCUACAGGAACAGCAACCAUCACUCUACGAUGGCAAAAACAAUUACCACAACAACGAUUAUUCGUACUCGCACCAAUUCGACGGUGACUAUGGAGGAGACAAUGAGACCUACAACACAGCCGACUACUCUCGAUCAUAUGCAAAACAAAGUAGGAGAAGCGGUUACGAGGAUGGCAAUUGUAAUACCAACAUAUGGGAAUUUCUCGGCCAAAACCUUGUUCAUCUGGCAAACGUAACAGCGAAGACUUGCGGUGUAAAUUACCAUCGCAACGACCGAAGAAACAACAGAAGAUAUAGAGACGAUGGCGAUAGCAUCGUUUCGGCGAUCUCCUGGGAUGGCGAUCACGCCAGGUCGUCGUCUACGAGCCGGAGAGAUCGAUCGAGGCGGCGAUCUAGGGAAGCGGACGAUUGGGAAGCGGCAGACUUGGUGCCGGAGGAAAACAGCGACUGCCGACAAAAAGAGGAACGAACCCGGCACGUAACCUUCGAAGACCACGUCGACGAACAGAGCUACAACCCGGUGGUUCGGAACGAGAGUCCACCCCGGGAGAAAAUCACGCAGCUGGUAUAGUGGGGAGGCAUUGACAGGAGAGUCGCGACUGCACGCCUUCGAACGGGAUAGCGGGAAAGAGGAUCGACCAGAGGGAAUGGUCGGAAAGGGACCGGCAGCACGCAGCACACAGCGCGAGCGCCUUUUUUCAAACCCUUUUCUGUUUGUUUUACAUGUGCAACAUGUUGUUAUAAAUUAGUGAACUGUUU